GUCUAUUAAUCUGUGCUGUGAUGUCAUUGUCAUAAUUUUAUUUCAAAUUUGAAAUGUGUACUGUUUUUUUUGCAGUUUUAUUAGAGCUCAAUUCAUAAAUUAAAUUGUUAUAUCGACUAUAUAUUACUAAUAUGGAUUUAGAUUUCGUAGUUCCGAACAGUGGCGUAAUAUUUGGCCAUGAACCCUGUCAAACUCGUGAGGCGAAAUGGUUGUGUUUGGUAAACGUUUUUGAAAAAUGUCAUAGGCCAAAUAUGUAUGACAUUGGUGGCACCUAUAUUGAGGACUUGCCGCAUUUUUGGUUCUACUAUAAAAAUGAAAUUGUUGGCAAACUUUUUCUUAUACAUAUUUUCGUUACCUGUCGCUACGAGGGUGCAUUCAGCGUCUCAAUAUGUGGCAGCAACGAGAUAUCAUUCCGAAGAAAACAGCAUUUGGCAUACCUUACCUCCUUACUCAAAACUUUCCGAUUUGAAAAUACCUCAGAUAUGUCACAGCAUUAUCUAACAACAUACAGCUUUUCAGAAAUGGACUUAGAACUUUUAAACACCAUGAAGUUGUAUAUACCAAUCUCAUUUGAAAAUACCAGUACAAAAGAAGGAAGUCAAGGGUAUGAUUUUAAAGCUCUUUUGGAGGACCCAUUUGGUGCUGAUUUUGUAAUAGAAUCAGCAGAGGGUGAUAAGUUUAAUGUUCACAAAAUACUUCUAAGUAGACACAGCGAAGUGUUUAGAGCGAUGCUUAAGGAAAACACAGCUGAAAGUCAACAGAGUUACAUGAAAAUCAUAGAUGUUUAUAAGCAUGACUUGUAUGGUAUGUUAGAGUAUAUUUACACAAGUUCUGUAGAAGACGUUGAAGGCCAUAAUUUCUUCAACCUUCUUAUGCUGAGUGACAGGUAUAACUUGAAAGGUUUGAGAGACAUAUCAGAGAUUGCUCUCAGUUCUCAAUUAUGCUUAGAUAAUGUAAUUGAAACAUUAGUUGUUGCAGAUCUAUAUAAUGCAGAGGACUUAAAGAUUGCUGCACUUAAAUUUAUUAAAUGUAAUUAUUCUGCUAUCCAAAACCAAUUGUUUGAGGAACUUAGUAAUGUUGAAUUGAUGAGAGAAGUUUGUAAUUUUCUAUUGCCAAGACAAGGACUGGAAAGUGAGGGAAAAUCAGGGAAAAGUCAUGUAAGCUCAAGGCAAACAGAGAAAGUUGGUGAAAUCAGUGAGCCAUCUAGAAACUAAUGGAAAAAUCAAUAAUUUUACUCUGUACUGUAAAAUAACAUUAUUUUUUCUAUUUCUGUAUUUGUAUUUUCAUCAUAUCUGAUUCAGAUAAGUUUGUGAAUAUACAAAAUGUUUAAUGGAUAACUCUGUUUUUAUGUUUUAAAAUGAAUAAACGGCAAAGAAACAUUUUGUAGAUAAACAAUUUAUUGUUUUGUACAUUUUUAUUAAAUUUUUGAAGAGAUUUACUUAAUUGUAAGAUUAUAAUUGUUGAUUGAUGUGUACUAUGUAUGUUUAAUUGUAUAAAACUAAGUUGGCUGACUAAAUUAGAGUAUACAAAUAGGUAUAGUGAUAUGCUAGCCUGUUUUUUCAGACUAAAUCACCCAAUUCAUUAAUUGGAUACCAAUUGUUUAGAAUUAAUCAACUAAUUCUUUUGAUAAUGAAUUAAAAAGUUAUCAAACCAAAUUUCAAUAAUAUGUAAUUUUGUUGGUUGAUAUGAUAAUCAGUAUGGACUCUUAAAUCUAUGAUUGAUAUAGUCUGCCAACUUACAAUUGCAUGUCCAUGUCAUUGUUUAUUGUGAUUUGAUCAGAUCAAUGAUGAUAAUAAAUUAAAAAGAAAUCUUACAAAGGAAACAUAAAAAAUAAACUUUAUUAAAUUUUAAACAUAA